AUGAAAAAACUUGAGGAAAAAAUACGGGAAAGACGAUCAAUAUCAUCGUCCUCAUCAAAUACUGAUCAAGUUUUAAAUACAUACUCAGAAGAGGUGGACAAUACAAGUAUAGUCUUAUCACCGAUAAUUCCAGAUGAAAUCAGCAUCCAAGCCACGGAACAAGUUGUGGAAAAUACUGAACCUGAAUUGGAUCCAGAAAUUUUGCAACUACUAGGCUCUGACCCCACAAAACAAACUAAUUUUGGCGAAAAUCUACAUAAAGAUAUAAUGCCUAGGUGGAAGCAUAUUCUCAUCAAUGGCCUGGACAAAGAUACAAAAGCCGAUAUUUUGAAAAGUCACUUACCGCCUGAAAACUGCCCGCAUUUAAAAGCGCCCAAACUAAAUGCAGAAAUAAAGGCCGCUUUAAAUGAAAUUAACUGCAAGAAAGAGUGUUUUAUUGAAAAUAAGCAAAACCAGCUUGCAAGUUGCUUGGCCGCCCUUGGCAAGGCCCUUAAUAUUGCCAUAGUUGGUAACUACACUGAGAUUAUUAAACCACUCAGUGAUGCUGGGCGGCUCCUAUGUGACUUGCACUUUAGAGAAUCACAAUCCCGCCGAUAUUCUAUAAUAAAUACAUUAAAUAAGGAUAUAAGAGAAACUGUUAAAAAUACAAAAAUUGAUGAAUAUCUGUUUGGCUCUGACUUGGGUGAACAAUUGAAAACAGCAAAAGCUAUAAGUAAAUCUAGCUCUGAAUUAAGAAUUCCGAAGCCUCAAUUGAAACCUACACCUCAACGGGGCGCUUUAAACUCUCGGGGGGCGCGGGGUGCAGCCUCGACAACGCGUCCGACUCAACGGAGGCCGAGCGCGGGCGCCGCGAGGGAGCGCGACCGCGACCGGGGACACCGUGCGGCCACGAGCUCCGCGAGGAACACCAGCCAGCGCGGGAGGGCCAGGAGAUACUAG